GGACAGCAAGUAUUCCAACAGCAGGGGCCAUGCGGGCGGCGUGCGGCGGCCGCUACAUGCAGUACUUCGCUGCCAUCUCAGCGUCGCUGAGCGUGGCCAUGCAAGGAGCGUUCCUGGGCUGGCCAGCGCCGACGCUCCCCAAGCUGGAGGCGGCCGACUCGCCGGUGACGAUCACGCCGGAGCAGGCCUCGUGGCUGGCGUCCAUCAACUCGCUGACGACGCUGAUCGCCGUGCCGCUGGUGGCCCUCACCAUAGACCGGCUGGGCCGCAAGUGGCUGCUCCUGCUCGCCGCCGCGCCCUUCGCCGUCUUCUGGCUGAUGGUCGCCUUCGUCUCCUCCUUCGAGAUGCUGCUCGCCGCCCGCAUCAUCGGCAGCAUCGGUUCCGGUAUAGCGCUCUCGGUGCCGCACCUGUACGUGUCCGAGGUGGCACAGACCCACAUCCGGGGCGCGCUGGCCGCGCUCUUCAUGAUCAUGAUGAACAGCGGGAACCUGUACAUCAUGUGCACCGGGCCCUUCCUCUCGGUGACGGGCGCCUCCUACGCGGGGCUGGCGCUGCCCGCUCUCUUCGUGCUGACCUUCUUCUGGGUGCCCGAAUCUCCGUACUUCCUCCUGCUGCGUAAGAAAGAGGGUGACGCGAAGGACACGCUGGCCCGGCUGCGCGCGAACACGGAUCUGGAGGCAGAGCUGCGAGAAAUGCACAAAGCCAUACAGCAGAAGCGGCAGACGCAGGGUUCUUUCAGAGAUAUCCUCUUCAACGCCGUCCACCGGCGGACGCUGCUGCUAGUGGUGGGUCUGACGGUGCUGUACCUGGGGACCGGGUCCCAGGCGCUGGUGGCGUUCUCCACAGAGAUCUUCAUCCGCAGCGGCAGCUCCAUCGACUCGGACGUGAGCUCCAUCAUCGUGGCCGCGGUGCAGCUGGUCGCCAGCGUGUCGGCGUCGGCGCUGGUGGACCGGGCGGGCCGUCGGCCGCUCCUCAUAUGCGGCUUCGUCGGCUGCGCCGUCUCCAUGGUGGCCCUCGGCGUCUACUUCUUCCUCGCCGACGCCCAGCACAUGGACAUGUCUGCCCUCUACUGGCUGCCGCUCACCGGCCUAAUAGCCUUCCAGGCGUCGUAUGCCCUGGGUCUCGGGGCAGCCUUCUUCGUCGUCGUCGGGGAGAUAUUCCACGUGUCGGUGAAGGGUGUGGCGUCCUCAGUGGUGACUGCGGCGCUGGGCGUGGUGGGAUUCGCAACCAAGAUGUCGUUCCAGCCGGUGUCCGCUGCGCUCGGCACCCACUGGGUCUUCUGGGGGUUCGCGGUUAUCUCCCUGUGCGGAGCUCUCUACGUCUUCCUGCUCAUCCCAGAGACCAAAGGGCAGACCUUCAGCGAGAUAAAUGAACUCAUGGAAAGCAGCGUCCCUACGGAAGUCGUGAACGAGAAAACCAAAGGUCAUCAUACAACCUCUUAAACGAGAUAAGGAGCAAUCAAGUACGGAGUGUAGCAGUCUAUUCGUUUCCAUCUGUUGGAGGCUGUUUACUUAUAAACAUACUUCCAGAAAAAAAAUUAGUACACCCUUUUAGAGGUUUCCAGUUCACUCAAUAUUAGUUAUUGCAACAGUCCAUAUGUAGUACAUGAAAUGAUUACAUUUACAGAGCAAUAGUACAAGCGGUUUUGAGGUACCAGAUGUCGACCCAUGCUGAAACACCCACAUUGGUAUGUUGUGUAUCCUCCACGGGCGACAAUGCAGGUGGUGACUCAGGCAUACAGUCGAUCGUACAGAUAGCGAAUACUGUCUUGGGAUACGUUAUGCCACGCCUGCUCGGGCUGUUGAAGUAGUUUUGUGAUAGUGGUUGGUUGAUGAGUCGCUUGAGUCACUUCUCAUCCCUUCAUAUCCCACACAUGCUGGAUUAGAGACAAGUCCAGAGAUCGUGAUGGUGAGGGAAGUUGCUGCACGUCUUGCACAGUUGCAAAGCAUGUCGAGUUUCACAGGCAAUGUGUGCGCGGGCAUUAUCCUGCUGGAACAACGCAUCACCUUCCUGUUGCAAGAGCGGCAAAAGAGUGGGUCAAACAACAUUCUGUACUUACCGAAUGCUGGUUAGCGUCUCCUGCAGAAACACCAAUGGCGAACGAGAGUUGUAGCUUAUCGCACCCCAGACUAUAAGCCCUGGGCGAAUGCUCUUUACGAAACAGCGCUCACUAGGCCUACGUCGUACGUGUAAACGAUCAUCACUUGCGUGCAGGCAGAAUCUGCUUUCAUCGCUGAAGACCACAGCGCGCCAUUUCAUCUUCCAAGUGAUCCUCUGAAAGCACCCGUCGAGUCGUGCACAUCGAUGCUGUGCCGCGAGUGGAAGACGGGCUACGGUUGCGCGUCCCUAGCCCCUCUGGUAAAAGCCGUUUUAACAGUUCGUGUCGACACGUCUGGGUACAGAAGCCCUCUUAUAUGUGCUGUGGCAUCAUUUCGAUUUGCCACUGCUGCUAUUGCAAAACGACGACUCUGGCUGGCGUCUGUGCUGCAUGGGCGUCCAGAACAUCGUCUGCGUGUAUGAGAAUGUUCACGUGACCACUGGUGACAACAUCGUUGUACGACUGAUGCAGCACGUCCAGCGUGUGUGUCAUUUCUCCGAAAGGACCAUUAUGCUACUCGACAGGCCACAGUCUGACCCCUGUCAAAAUCGCUCAGCUGGGUGUAGGAAGCACGAGUGCGACUCCAUGGCGCGGUUGCCAGCUUACUUCACAUGUUUGCACCGCACUGAGCCUUCUGAACGACCGAGCGAGGUGGCGCAGUGGCUAUCACACUGGACUCGCAUUCGGGAGGACGAUGCUUCAAUUCUGCGUCAGGCCAUCCUGAUUUAGGUUUUCCGUGAUUUCCCCAAAUCGCUUCAGGGAAAUGCCGCGAUGGUUCCUUUGACAGGGUACGGCCGACUUCCUUCCCCAUCCUUCCCUAAUCUGACGAGACCAAUGGCCUCGCUGUUUGGUCUCUUCCCCCAAAUCAAACCAAUCCUUCUGGCUGCGAGCGUUCCCUAAUAAAGAGUAGGCACAGAUGGCGCUCUGGUAGCUAUGCCGCUACCCUAUCUGUUGAUGGACAACGUUGAAACAAUUAUCAGUACAUCUACUGUCCCCCAGAUGGCAUAUGCCAUCGUCGGAUGAAAAUCAACGUCCUCUUACUGG